AUGAGUUACGACGGAAGGGAAUUAUCGCCGAUGGCGGAGCGCCCGGUAAAUACGGCGGCCGCAGUGUCUGGAAAGGAGGCACGCAGUGUCAGUGGCAGCGCACUGCCUGUGUACGACUUGGACCCGACGACACGGCAGCUGCUGGAGGAGAACGAGGCCAUGUUGUACAGGAUUAAUGUCUUGACACACGACGUGCAGUUGGCGCAGGGCGAAAUACAAAAGUUGAACAACACCAUCACGGAGAAGAAUGAGGAGUUGGAGGCGUUACGGGAAAAACUUGGGGACGCCAAUAUUCACGCCCAGGAUGCAUCCGGACGAGUCAUCAAUUAUAAAACAGAGUGCGAGCUGCUGAGCGCUGAAAAUAAACGUCUUUUAAAGGAGUACGAGGAUGUUUGCGCGGAGUUGGAGCAGCGAACGGAGGAUAUUCGCCAAAAUACAGGCGUCAUGCGUCCGGACAGUGUCAGGGGAUCACCGGCACUAUCGGUGGAGCAGUUUAACCGCGAAAUGUUGAGUUUAUUUCCAACGGUUGAUCGUGUGGUGAACUCUUUGAAACGCUGCGUCGUGGUGGAUGUCACCAACCGUGAGCGCGUGUUGGAUAGCGCGCAGAAGGAGCUUUCGUCGAUGCAGCGACUGGCAGACUCCGUACGUCGUAUGGGCGUUGGUGAGGAAGGUCGUGUGAACAAUAUUGUGUCGUCUAUACGCAAAGGCGAGAAGGUCCAGUCCCACGGUGACUUGGCGAUUAUGAUUCGUUGGAUGAUUGUACAGGCCUUUGAGUCUGGCCUGACGGCCACGGAGGGGAACUUGCGGGCCAUCGAGACCCUCCUGGCGAAGAAGGAUGAGAAGACAAACGGAAUUGAAAAAAAAGAUGCUGGAGAGAAGAGCGCCCUUCCUUCGGCAGCGGGUGCGGUCCGUCGUAUGUUUCUUCGACCCACGAAGUAG